AUGGAAAACAGCUACCUUGCUUAAUUAGACUGUAAACUCAUUUCUUAAUUAUUUUUUUAGAAAUCUAAGAACAAGCCAUUUAAAUGGCCUUUUAAUAGCCAUAGGAAGGUUAAUGGACUAAGGAACAUGAUAAAAAUGACUGCAUCAUAUAUUCUAAAUUAAAUCAAGUUGGAUUAAAAAUGACUAGAACUGAACUCAAAGUGAAUGUAGAUCCAAAGAAAGCCAUGGAUAUUAUCUUUGAUAUGACUAAAAGAUCUGAAUUUGAUGAGAAUUUCUUGGAAGUUAUUAAAUUUAUCAUUUUUAGGCCAAAAUUGUAGAGAAAAUAGACGAAAAUAAUGUUAUUUAUUAUGGAGCUGGCAAAUCCCCUAUAAUCUUAGUCGACCCAAGAGACAUGGUUGCUCUUACUAGAAGAACCAUACUUAAAGAUGGUACUCACAUGGUUGUUUGUAAUAUUUUUAUAAUUUAUUUCAGCCAAAUCUGUUUAAUUAGAUUCUGUUCCUAAUAAAAAGAAUUAUAUUCGUUGUGAAAUAUUUAUUUCAGCAUUUUUGAUUAAAGAGAUUUCUCAGGGAAUUUGUUAGGUUAUUAUCAUUGCUAAUGUUGAUCCUAAAGGUAGUAUUCCAAAGAUGUUAAUUAAUUCUGGAGUAUCUAUGUAAGCAGAUGCUGUAAAAAAAUUGAUGGAAAAAAUGAGAUUAUAAACUUUGAAAGUUUGA